CGCGUAACAAAGCAUUUGAGAUAGAUACAAAUAAAAUCGUCUCAGAAUCAAAAAUAACCGAAAUAAGAGGCGAGUUUAAAAAACGUGCAGAAGAAUGUAAAACCCAACUUGUUGAUUUAUGUAGGAGAAACUUUAUAGCAAAUGUGGAUAUUUCUGCUAUCUCACCCUGGCUUUCAGUCUUUCUGGGAACAACGAUAGCAUUAUCUAAGGAAAUGCUCGAAGAAGUAUCUACUAAAUAUCAAUGCACAAAAGUAGAAAAGGCCGAACUUAAAAUAUCGGAAUCAAGUAUUAUACUAACCAAAAAGUUCAAAAAUGAAGUUGAAAGAGCAUUAUCAGAGAAAACUACCCCUGAUAAAAUCAUUAAGCUUAGAGAGAUUUCGAAAAAAUAUGGACAUUUUUACGCGCGUCGCAUAGUUUUUGGUGGUGCUAUGAUUGAGAAAAUCACAAAUUUUGAAACUUCAA